AUGACCGCCCUUCAGCUAGGAAAUCUCCCCCCCUUGUGCCCGUCGACGGCAACCACUCCUUUCAAUGGCGCCGGCUCUGGCGGACCCUCGGCACGGAGAUCACUCGCCCCUAAAAACCAGGUGAGCUUGCCAAGUGGAAGAGCGAGAGCGAGAGCGAGAGCAAGAACCGCCGCCGAGACGGCCACCGAGAAGGUCACCGCCGGCGAGCAAGAUGUCUCCACCCCCGAAGAACCUCCGUCCCUGGACUUCGCCUUCGUCAGCGUAAGUUCUCUCUCUUGAUCCUCCCCUUACCUCCACCGCUUUGGAUCACGCUGACGGGCGAUGGUGCAGUCUAGACUGCUGCCGGACGGGUCGCCGGACGUGCAGAUCCGCUCGGCGUGCGGCGGGCAGAAGCUCAGGGACAUAAUGCUGGACGGCCACAUCGAUCUCUACGGACCCUACGUAAGGCCGCACUGCCCAUCUCCCCCUCCGCUCUCUUCCCAUCGUCUCUGAGCGAGCGACGCCCUCCGGUGACCUGCAGGCGAGGCCUCUGCUGAACUGCGGCGGCGGCGGCACUUGUGGGACCUGCCUCGUCGAGGUACUACGUCCCCACACUCCCUCCUUCUCUCCGAAGCCCAUCGUCUUCAAUCUUCAAUCUCCGUGGGGAACUGCAGGUCUUGGAGGGUAAGGAGGUGCUGAGCCCGAGGACGGAGAAGGAGAAAGAAGCCCUGAAGAAGGUAUCACCCCUCCCCUUCCCUUCCGAUCCGCUCGAUCACCUGCAAAAUUAAGCCCUAAAAAUUUGCAGAAGCCCAAGACGUGGAGGCUGGCAUGCCAGACCGUGGUGGGUUCCGGGGAGUCCAGAGGCCAGGUGGGCUCUUCCGGUCCUUUUUCCUCUCCGUUAAAGCCUCCAUUUUUACAAAUCUCCUCAUCGAUAUCUUCUUCUUCUUCCGACUUCAGGUCGUCAUCCAGCAGCUGCCGGAGUGGAAGGCGCACGAAUGGAAGAAAUGA